ACAACAUCCAUCUCACCAACUCCUCUCUCCAUCGUCAGUCUUAUUAUUCUUUACCCCGCCUGCCACCGGCUGCCGCCUCCCUCGCCAUCCCGACCCACGCUACUACAACGCCACAGGCUUACACGGCUCGACGCGGGACCUCCCCACCCGGCCUGUCUCACUCCUUGUCGCCCACCCCUCGCAUCAACCAGCCAGCCAGAACAACCAAGUCCACGGCCCCCAAGUUUUUUAAACCGCCGUACUAGACUACCGACCGAAGCCCAGGACUUGACUGCCAUCCCCGUCUGACGCCUCCCUCGUCAUUCGCAUAGUUGUACUACUUGGAAACCACGAGCCGGUCCCUACCACUAGAGCAUUGUCAUCGCCAACUUUACCCCCAAACCGACUAAACCACCCAUACGAUGCCCGCCAGUCUCCGACCCAGCUUGCGUCGAAGCGCUGCCGACGUUCAGUCUCUUGGUCUCGAAGACGAGCUUUCAUUUGGCUCGGACGAAGACUUGAUGGAGACCAUCGGGGAGAUUGACGUGCCAGGCGUCGCCGCCCCCGGGCUGACUCCCGUCUCCUCGCGCGGCAGCACCCUACCGCCACCGGCAUCAUCCUCAGGUUCCAGUGUGCACAAGUUGCGCACAAAGGCGACCAAGCCGACGCGGAGCUUCAAGUCUGGCAAGGACUCUGUCCGUGCGCGCAAAGACUCUCAAACAUCUCUUGCCUCGAGCACUCAUCUCCUUCCUCCUCUCCCUCCAGUCCCAUCUGGGUCGACACUCGAUCUCCCAUCAGACAUGUUUGGAGACCGUUCUGGCACCAAGCGCGGGUCGCUCAUGGGCGCCUUCAAGGUCAAGGGCCUCCGCAAAUGGCGCGACGACCAGAGCAGCAGCAAAAUGUCCUUUGUUACCGACUCGCAGAGCCAAGCCUCGUCGCUGUCGCUGUCCAAGAUGAACUCGAACACUUCUUCCCGCCCUUCCAUCUCGUCAUCCGUUGCCUACACACCCGUCGUCAACUCACCCGCGUCGAUGAUGGCCCCACACCUCAACUUGUCGCCGUUUGACGCCAAGCACCACCACUACGACUACGAUGUCAAGCAGCCGAUGCCUCCCUCGGUCAGGGACAUUUUCCCCGAGAAGGAGAAGGCCACAGUGGCACCCAAGCAGGCACCUACUCCCUCACCGGUAGUCGCCGCGUGGGCGCCCACAGACAUCAGCAGCGCCAUCCUGCCGACCUUCCCCGCCAGUGUUGGCGCGCUCGAGCCUAUCACCGUGCUCAGCGUCCAGGGUGCCAAGCGGCCACCGACGUCAAUACUCUCGGCUCGGGGAGACCGCAGCAUCCGCAAUGCCUCUGGCGUCCGCUGGACGCCUUGCACCUUGGUGUUCACGUCGUUCAAGGUCAGCGUCUCGGGCCAGCCUACCGAUGACGACGAGCGCACCGUUGCCCACGUCCACGUCUUUUCUACGCUGCGCCAGACUCAGCCCGCAACAGCAUCGCCCAGCUUGCGUCGCACCCGGAGCAUCACGGGCACGUACGACCCGACUGCGCCACGCGUCGAGGUUGAACGUCGUGCGCUCUGUCGGAUGUCGACUGCGUCGAUCGCUGAAGACUACAUGGAUGCCGAUGGUCGCGCCAGCGUCCUCCGCAUCGUGUUCGGAGAUGAGGACCGUACAAAGGCUGGCGACGAGUGGCUGCUGGAGAUGAAGGACAGCCGCGAGUUGACCGAGUGGAUCAGGCACGUCAAGAAGACUGCCAUCUUGAUCAACGCCGAGGAGCUGGGAUACGGCCCGGCGAUCCGCUCGGCCUACGAAAAUCAGUCGUUGACCGCAGAGGAUCUCGCCUUGAAGCUCAGCGCCCACGCCCGCUCUGCCGCAGAGGCCCGUGACAAGAACGGCAGUCGCAAGACUGGAGUCCAGCCGGAGACCAAGUCGGGUGACACCGCCCUCAAUCGCGCCCAGUCGGCCGAGGAGAUCACCACCAAUGCGUCGCUUGGAGCUAUCCAGCACCGCAAGUCAUUCUCCGAGUCGACUCUUCUUGUCACCGACUCGUCGAACGACGAGCCAGACAGCCUUGGCUCGGCAGCCGGCCUGGCUCUUUCGGGCCUGUCGCUGUCAGGCGGCUUUGCGUUCCCCGCACCUCCUUCCGACCUGCCCUCGUUCCCUGCCCCGCCGACCGACCUCCCGUCGUUCCCUAUGCCUCCUACUACGGCGCCAUCAAUGUCGGCGUUCCCUGCUCCUCCUUCGGACCUGCCAGUUCCAGUUCGCCGCCCGGCGCCGGCACCGCCCGCAGUUAAGCCUCCGUCUGCGGCCGAGCUGUUCGCCAAGUCUGUCACGUCGUCGUCGCCCCCUGUUCUCCCUUGCCCUGUGAACGGAAGCGACGCCGACGACGAGGAGGACGUGCCGGUUACUCGUGUCGCGCGUUGCCCCACGCCGCCUCUGCGCCGCAGCCCGCCGGCCGAGGCUUCCGAGCCUCCCAAGCCCGCUGCAGUGUCGGUCCUCCAGGCCAAGUCCAAGACACAGGCGCCUAGCAUUGCGUCCACUGCUGGUGGGUCGCAGGCGAGUGGCACAAGGAGCCUGCGCCGACUGCGCGGCAAGCCGCAGGUCAUUGACAUUAUGGCCGAGUUUUCGCAAAUCGAGGCCGACAACACGCCGCUGGGCGAGGACGAGGAGCCUAUCCGAGACGACCGUGAGCGUCGUAUCCGCUUCGCCGAGGAGUAGAGGAGAAUGACGACCUCUGCCACCUGUAUCCUGGUGUUGCGACUAUUUAUCUGUUCACACACUUCCUGUACUGCAUACUUUACAAUCUAUAUCCAUAGACUGGUCGCCGGGCGCGGCCGACACGACAAUAAAUCAUGAUUAGUGCUAUCUAGUUCCACAUGCAUGUGGCUUGUAUGUCCG